GAAAUUAUGAUCUAAAAAAGGCGCAUGUGUUUAUGUGCCUCGGCAAUUAAUUCCUCAAAAUGAAGGUUAAAUGGGAAGAAUGCAAAUUUAAAAUCAGCAAAAUAUGCUUGAAUACUAUAGCUAAGUUUGGUUUUAAGACCAUGACACCAGUACAGGCCGCUUGCAUUCCCUUACUACUCUCCAACAAGGAUGUUGCUGCAGAAGCCGUAACAGGGAGUGGAAAAACACUUGCAUUCAUCAUACCUGCUAUGGAACUUCUAAUGCGUCGAGAAGAAAAAUGGAAACCUCUUGAAGUUGGAGUUGUUGUUAUUUCACCUACUCGCGAGCUGGCUAGCCAGAUAUACGAGGUUUUGACACCUUUCCUAGAAACACACAAUAAAAUGAAACCCAAUCACAAACUGCAGGCAUUGCUUCUGCUUGGUGGAAACUCUGUUGAAGCUGAUAUAGCCCUCCUGAGGGAUAAAGGAGCAAAUAUAUUAAUAGCGACUCCUGGUAGAUUAGAAGAUAUUCUCGAACAUCACACUGAUGUAUGUCUCAAACCAGCAUUAAAAUCCUUGGAGCUUCUAGUCUUAGAUGAAGCAGAUCGACUACUAGACUUGGGUUUUGAACGUACUUUGAAUACUAUCUUGGCACACCUACCUCGUCAAAGGAGAACAGGUCUUUUUUCUGCUACUCAAACAAAAGAAAUAGAGCUCCUGAUGCGUGCUGGAAUGCGAAAUCCAGUUCAAGUAACAGUUCGAGAAAAGGCAGGGAGCAAUGAAGAAGUGUCAACACCUGCUAGCCUUAGCAAUCAUUAUGCAAUUAUAGAGCCAGAAAAUAAGUUAGCUGCCAUAGUAGGUUUCCUUUCUUCUGAAUCCUCUCAAAAUCCAGACAAGCCAGGAAAAUACAUGAUUUUUUUUGCAACCAUUGCAUGUGUUAAUUAUUUCUCUACAGUUCUGUCAAGUGUACUGAAAAACCUUCCCGUAUUUUGUAUACAUGGGAAGAUGAAGGAUGCUCGUUUCAAAGUUUUUGACAAAUUUAGAGCUGCAGAUAAAGGUGUUUUAGUGUGCACUGAUGUUAUGGCUAGAGGGGUAGAUAUUCCUGCUGUGAAAUGGGUACUUCAGUGUGAUGUGCCCAAGUCUGCAUCUGCAUUUGUUCAUAGAUGUGGACGUACUGCUCGUUCUGGACUAUCUGGAUCUGCUAUAAUAUUUUUAAUGCCCAAUGAAGAUUCCUAUGUAACUUUUAUUCAAAAAAACCAAAAGGUUACUCUUCAUGAAAAAGAAGUUCCCCUCGCUGACUCUAAUGAGAUACUAAACGUUGCCCGCCACCUGCAGAAAACAGACAGAGCAAAUCUAGAAAAGGCUCAGAAAGCCUUUGUUUCAUAUGUACAGGCAUAUAGUAAACAUGAAUGUAAUAUACUUCUUCGUCUGAAAGAUGUUAACUUAGGCUUAUUGGCAACUGGUUUUGGAUUACUUCAACUGCCAAAGAUGCCAGAACUUAGAAAGGCUGACACCUCAGGCUUUGUCCCAGAUGUCAUUGAUUUCAAUACCAUAGCAUUCAAAGACAAACAGCGAGAAGCUGCAAGACAGGGUAAACUUACUUCCUACAGAGAAACUGGAGUGUGGCCAUCUAAGAAGAAUGCAAAAAUGAGUCAGAAAAAGUCAGAGCCAUGGGCUCAGUCCAAAGCUCGCAAAGAAGAACGAAAAGAAAAGAAAAAUCUUAGGAAGAAAAAGAAGGAAGAGUUGAAGGCGCAAGGAGUAGCUCCUACAAAGAAGAGGAAAAGGGGAAUCUGUGCUGAAGAUAUUAAGGACAUUGCUGAUGAUAUUGCUCUAAUGAAGAAACUUAAAAAGAAAAAAAUAUCUGAAAAAGAGUUUGACAAGGAGUUUGGACUGGAACAAGAUUAACUGGGGGUAUACUAUUUUCUAUACUCUAUAGAAGCACCAAUCAGUGUGAUAACAAUAAUACAUUGUGAUAUUAUUUUGUACUUCAGAUAGAGUACGAAAUGGCACUAAAAUAUACGACAGAUUUCACCUUA